AUGAAGCGGCUGUGGACUUUGGCAAAUAAGAGGGAAGAAAAAGAGCCCACAGUGAAAAUAGCCACUGUGGCCAGGCCUGACUGGCUGGGGAGGACUCGCCCUGGGGUGCUGACCGGCGGAGAGACGGCGAGCCAGAAGCAGGCCUUUCCGCGGACCUUCCGUCCGCCUGGGCGGCUUCAGCCGGCCGUGGCGACGUCCCCUGACGGCCGGUACCUCAAGUUUGACAUCGAGAUCGGGCGUGGCUCCUUCAAGACGGUGUAUCGGGGGCUGGACACCGACACCACGGUGGAGGUGGCUUGGUGCGAGCUGCAGACUCGGAAACUGUCCCGCGCUGAGCGGCAGCGCUUCUCUGAGGAAGUGGACAUGCUCAAGGGGCUGCAGCACCCCAAUAUCGUCCGCUUCUACGAUUCAUGGAAGUCAGUGCUGAGGGGCCAGGUUUGCAUCGUGCUGGUCACCGAACUCAUGACCUCGGGCACGCUCAAGACGUACCUGAGGCGCUUCCGGGAGAUGAAGCCCAGGGUCCUCCAGCGAUGGAGCCGCCAGAUCCUUCGGGGGCUUCACUUCCUGCAUUCCCGGGCGCCCCCCAUCCUGCACCGGGAUCUCAAGUGUGACAAUGUCUUCAUCACUGGCCCCACGGGCUCUGUCAAAAUUGGGGACUUGGGCCUGGCCACACUUAAGCGUGCCUCCUUUGCCAAGAGCGUCAUUGGGACCCCGGAAUUCAUGGCCCCUGAGAUGUACGAGGAGAAGUACGAUGAAGCCGUGGAUGUGUACGCGUUUGGCAUGUGCAUGCUGGAGAUGGCCACCUCCGAGUACCCAUACUCUGAGUGCCAGAAUGCGGCCCAGAUCUACCGCAAGGUCACCUCGGGCACCAAGCCGAACAGCUUCUACAAGGUGAAGAUGCCAGAGGUGAAGGAGAUCAUUGAAGGCUGCAUCCGCACGGACAAGAACCAGAGGUUCACCAUCCAGGACCUGCUGGCCCACGCCUUCUUCCGUGAGGAGCGAGGGGUGCACGUGGAGCUGGCCGAGGAGGACGACGGCCAGAAGCCGGACCUCAAGCUCUGGCUGCGCAUGGAGGAUGCACGGCGGGGGGGGCGCCCGCGGGGCAACCAGGCCAUCGAGUUCUUGUUCCAGCUGGGCCGGGAUGUGGCCGAGGAGGUGGCCCAGGAGAUGGUGGCCCUGGGCUUGGUCUGCGAGGCUGACUACCAGCCAGUGGCCCGGGCAGUGCGCGAGCGGGUCGCCGCCAUCCAGCGGAAGCGUGAGAAGCUGCGGACAGCUAGGGAGCCGGAGGCCCUCCCGCCCAAGCCAGGACCUGUGCCGGUGACCAUCCCUGUGGCUCCAGGUGCCCCCGGCGCCUUCCCCCCUGAGCCCGAGGAGCCAGAGGCGGACCAGCACCAACCUUUCCUGUUCCGCCAUGCCAGCUGCUCGUCCACCACCUCGGACUGUGAGACCGACGGCUACCUCAGCUCCUCUGGCUGCCUGGAUGCCUCAGACCCCGCCCUCGCGCCACCUGGGGAGGUGCCCCCCAGCCCUGCCAAGCCCUGGCUCCAUCUGCCCCCGGCUUUUGCUGUAUCCGUCCCAUGUUCCGGCCCUGGCAGUGACUUUUCCCCAGGGGACAGCUACGCCUCAGAUGCGGCGUCAGGCCUCAGCGACAUGGGCGAGGGGAUGGGGCAGAUGCGGAGACCCCCAGGGAAGACUCCCCGGCGCAGACCUCGAUCCCGGCUUCGGGUCACGAGUGUCUCGGACCAGAAUGACAGAGUGGUCGAGUGCCAGCUGCAGACGCACAACAGCAAGACGGUGACCUUCCGGUUCGACCUGGACGGGGACAGCCCAGAAGACAUCGCGGCUGCCAUGGUGUACAACGAGUUCAUCCUGCCUGCUGAGCGUGAGGGCUUCCUGCGGCGGAUCCGGGAGGUCAUCCAGCGGGUGGAGACACUGCUCAAGAGGGACCCUGGCCCUGCCGAGGCUGCUGAAGAUGCCCCAGGCCCCCAGACUUGGGAGUGGAAGUUGCAAGAGUUGUACAGAGAACUCCUGGGUAGCUUUGUCCAGGAGGAGCCGGCGCCCCUGCCUGCCCACGAGGACCUGCCCCGAGAGCUCCAGAGCAGCAGCGGCCCAGGACAGCGGAGCUGGGCUGCCUUCUGCACCUCCCCGACCCCGCCCGGGACCCCCCCGUCUCCUGCAGCCCCCGUUUUCCCCAGCCCCCGCCUGUUCUCCACUUCUGCCCAGCCCUCCAGCUGCCCCCCACAGCUCCCCAGCUGUGCCUUUCCCUUCCUCACUGGUGCAGUCCAGGCCCCUUCCUCUCUGCUUCCCCUGGGCUCUCUCCCCUGCAGCCCCCAGAGCCCUCUCUGUCCCUCCCCUGCCACCCCCGCAGCCCCACUCCUUUCCCUCGCCAGUGCCUUCUCUCUGGCUGUGAUGACUGUAGCCCAGUCCCUGCUGUCCCCACCCCCCGGGACCCUUGCCCAGUGUCCCCCAGCGCCUCCUGGCCCUCAACCUGGCCUGCCGCCUCCACCUGCUCCUGGAGGCCAGGAGAACCUUUUGCCCUACACGGCCAAGGCAGAGGCUCAGAGUGAGGCCACCCCGAAUCCUACGCGGCCAGUCCUGGGAGAGGCCAGACUGGCGCCCAUCUCGGAAGAGGGGAAGCCCCAGCUCGUGGGGCGCUUCCAGGUGACCUCAUCCAAGGAGCCGGUGGAAUGUCCUGCCCUGCAGCCAGCAGCAAGCGCUGCUCUCCCUGGUUCCCCCAAGCCACCAACCCCUCCGCAGAGCCCAGAGAGCUCAGACACUGAGGACAGCGCUGGGGGCAGGCCGGGGACCAGGGAGGCACUGGCUGAGAGUGACCGCGCUGCCGAGGGCCUGGGGACUGUGCUGGAUGAUGGAAUGGACCCCCGUGCAGGGGACAGCCCCCUGGCCCCUCCCAGCCCGGUGUGGACGAACUACUCGUACAGCAGCCUGUGCUUGAGCAGCGAGGAGUCAGAGAGCAGUGGGGAGGACGAGGAGUUCUGGGCCGAGCUGCACAGCCUGCGGCAGAACUUCCCUGCUUCCCGGCGCAACAGCCUGCAGCGCUCUGAGCCCCUAGGCCCCGGGAUCAGGCGCAGGACCUCCCUGAGUGGCAGCAGCACGGGCUCCCAGGAGCAGCGGGCAAGCAAGGGGGUGACAUUCGCCGGGGAUGUUGGCAGGAUGGUGAGGGCGGCUAUGGGAGGAACGUCCAGCAGCGCUGCCUUCCGCCCACCUGGGAGGCUUCAGCGCUCCUCUCCCCUGCAGUGAAUUCAGAACAGAAGCCGGCGUCUCCGCACACCAGGGUCCACCAUGGUACCCGUGCUCUCAGAAUCAGAUGCUUUUCUGGACAGCUCAGCUCAACAUGGACCCAGGACUCGGGACACGGGGUGUGGAGAGUACAGUGUCACACCCAUGGGGACUGUGUGCUGCCACAUGGAGGUGGCAGGUCUGUAGCCCACUGUCAUUUCACCCUGGCUCCGACUAAGGGCCAACCACUAUGCCAUCCCACCCAGGCCCAGAGGCUUCUAGAGGGCUCAUUCCCAGCUGACACCAGAAUUAGCAGCGACCAAUAAAAAAUGCUGAGAUAUGGACUGUGAA